CGUGAAGUGUAUCCAUUUAUCACUGCCUAUUGCCUCUUCUUUCAGCUUCCAGAAAAGUGGAAGACCUCCUGACCACCAUUUCUGCUGUGGCCAUAAGAUGCUGUAUUUUCUAACGGCAACAGUAACAGCUAAAGACCAAAGACCUUAUCCUGCAAAGCUGUUUCACCCCAAAAAUCUACAGCAGCUUGUUCCACUCCAUCCUAUUCCUGGCAG